AUGGCAGCCCUUGAGGAUGAUGCCAAGGAAGAUGCAAGUGCUCGGCCUCUUCCACCCGGGGCCCAGCCUGUGGGGUCUGUUGCAGCAGGAACCCAGGAGAAAGUCGCUUCUGCCACUGCUUCUGGACCUGUCAGCAACCCGUUAGCCCUGCGACAUGAGCGGCUGCAGGGCACCAUUUCCAAAUAUGUCAUGAGCAGCGGCACGGGCUUUGUCAAGAGCCACUUGUUCGAAGGCGAACUCGGCUUCAAGACCGAGAAUGUGAUGUUGGAAUGUCAGAACUAUGAGUUCAAGGAGGAGGAGGGUGUCGAGUUUGAUGUUCAGGCAGAUGAAAGAGGCAGGCCUCAUGCAGUGGCUCUGAAGCCUGUAGUGGGACGGAAGCCAAGCGAGUGCCUCAACCAGCGGCACCGAGGGUACGUACGCCGCUUUGCAGACAGAUGGGGCUUCCUCAAUGCGGCCGCCUUUGAUGGAGACCUCUUUGUGCACAGGGACAACUUGCUACUCAUCCCAGAUCAGAUCCAGGAUGGCCAGCCGCCGCUUCGAACCGGCCAGGCAGUCGAGUUCGAUGUCGCCCUUGAUGACCGGGGGCGCACCGUGGCGAAGCAGAUCACCACCAGCGCGCUGCUGAGGCCGUGUGACUGGAUCGGCCGACGCCUUCAAGGUGUUAUUCGGUCUUUCCAGGGAGCAUGGGGAUUUGUGAACUCCGACAAGUUUGCAGGUGACCUCUUUGUACAUCGUGAUGCCUUGCUCCAGCAGUUUCAAGAUGCGGAGUUGACAGCGGGUACCGUGGUGGAGUUUGACGUGGAGCGUGACCAUCACAAAAAGAGUGGCAAGAACAGGCUGGUUGCCCGACAGGUGGCGGUCCUCCACCCCGCUUCCGUACCGGCCGGAGCUGGUUUCGGCGCCGGUUUUCAUGCAGGAUUGCCAGGCCAUGGCAUGAUGCAUCAGCACGGCGUUGAUCCAAUGGCUUCCUAUGCCAACGGAGUUCCACCAGGGAACAUGUACGCAGCCAGCAUGGGCCAGACUCCCGCAUACCCACCUCAGACGUCAAUGUACUAUCAAGGUGCGCCUCCAUCGAUGUCCGAUCAGCCUUAUGCUUUCGGCCAGUCGCCAUACUCUUACGACCCAUAUGCAGGCCAGCAUGGCAUGAUGCAGCCCGUCAACCCCGCAGUGCAACAGCCAGUGAUCCCCGCACAGUAUGGCCAGUCCGCAGCAUCGCAUUAUGGGCAAGGGCCCGUAGGGCCCGUAGCAGGUUCACAGCCUCCACAGGCGGCACCUUGCAGCCAGCCUCCAUCCACCCAGUACCAAUCGCCAUACCAAGUGCCAUAUGCGGGUCAGACGGCCCAACCUGGCCCCUCACCAGCGCAGCCUCCAGAUACAGCACCAGACAGCAAUGAGCAGGCACAAGUGCUGCUCCACAUCACCACGCAUGACUGGGAGCCAGACCAACCAGGGCAGCUGCGCGUGCAAAAGGGCACGCUUGUGAACGUGUCCCACCGUGCAGCACAUGGAUGGGUCUACGCGGCAACGGUCAAGCAUGGUGAUCAAGCUCAUGAACCUCCGAGCGAAGGUUGGGUACCACAGGCUGUGGCGAAGAGGGUGUCCCUCUGCCGAGUGGCUGCCGAUUGGCCCGAAGAAGGUGCGGGUACCUUGGGCCUCUUGAAAGGCGACCUCAUCGCUGUGUCCAAGGAAGCCGAGCGUGGCUGGGUGUAUGGCGAGAGAAUCAGUCCAAAGAGGCCGGAUAACAUGACAGAUGGAUGGCUGCCGAAGAAGGUUCUGGAGUACAUCUUGGUCUGA